AUGUCUUCGCAACAGCUCCCUCAGUCCAGCGUCGACCGCUACGUCGUCAUCCACGUUGCGACCACUUGUGACGAGCAUGGUGUCUAUGUUACCAAGGAUUCCGCCGAGGUGAUUGAGUUUGGAUGGAUCCUCAUGGAUGCCAACUCGCUCGAAGAGGUAAGCAAGCUCUCGCUCUGCACAUCCUUCUCUGCCAGCUUGCACCGACUGACCCCUCCCCCCUUUUUCUCCUUUUUUUUCACGCCUAAACAGCUUGCCCACGAGAGUGUCCUCGUCAAGCCCGUCAACACGCCCAUCACUCCACUCUGCAGUAGGUCCCUGCCCUCGAAAAUUCGCGUCUCCAUCAUCCGAGUCGCACCUCUCUACCUCUACAUGAGACCCCUAUGGGCCUGGAAGGCUCCUCGCCAUCCGCAACANGAAGGUGCUAUGGAGCUUCUCAUGUGCAGAUAUAGUAAUACUCUCCCUCAGUCCAGCGUCGACCGCUACGUCGUCAUCCACGUUGCGACCACUUGUGACGAGCAUGGUGUCUAUGUUACCAAGGAUUCCGCCGAGGUGAUUGAGUUUGGAUGGAUCCUCAUGGAUGCCAACUCGCUCGAAGAGCUUGCCCACGAGAGUGUCCUCGUCAAGCCCGUCAACACGCCCAUCACUCCACUCUGCACGAGCCUCACCACAUUGACUUGGGAGCACAUUCGAAACGCGGGUACCUUUAGAGAUGCCAUCUCUCGAUUCGAUGCCUUUGCUACCGAGCACUUGACGUCCAAGAACCUCGAUUUUGUCUUCGUCACCCUCGACGCCUGGGAUCUCCGUGUCCAGCUGCCCCGUGAAGCCCGCGACAAGGCUGUUGUCCUGCCCCCCUACCUGCAGCACUCUCGCACCUUUGACCUGCGCACCGAGUACCAGCGGUGGCAGCAGCACCAUCCCGAGUCGCUGCCCUUUGGCCCCUCGAUGCUCUCCAACAUCUGUGCGGCUCUCGAGGUCGAGCCGGUCCAGUCGAGCGCCCCGAUCAAGCAUAACCUCCCCUUUCACCUGCAGGCUCUGGCUCCGGCCUCGCCCCGUCGUGCUAUGGAGGAGGCCGUCACCCUGACCCGCGUCCUCCGCGGCCUCAUCCGCAAGUCUCAGCCUCGCCAGGAGCACCCGGACGUGCUCACCCGCCCCAUGGACGCCCGCGCAGAUGUCCGCGCCUUCCUCUCGGAGAGGAGCAAGGUCCUCCACAUGUCGGGCCUGCCCCACGACACGACCCAGUCCGAGCUCGAGAGCUGGUUCACCCAGUUUGGGGGCCGCCCCAUUGCCUUCUGGACCCUCCGUACCCCGGAGCAGCACAAGCCUACCGGUACCGGCUUUGCCGUCUUCUCCUCCCACGAGGAGGCUGCCGAGAGCCUGUGCAUGAACGGACGUGCCCUCAACGAAAAGGCCAUCGAGGUCUCUCCUUCCUCCAGCCGCGUCCUCGACCGCGCUCAGGAUAUCCUGACCCCCUUCCCGCCGAGCAAGAACCGCCCUCGCCCCGGUGACUGGACCUGCCCCUCGUGCGGCUUCUCCAACUUCCAGCGCCGUACUGCCUGCUUCCGCUGCUCGUUCCCCGCCAUGGGCUCCGGCCCUCAGGAGAUGGGCGGCGGGCCCGCCGGCUACGGCGGCUACGGCGGCUACGGACCCGCCCACAUGGUGCCUCCCCCUCACGGCGGCCACCACGGACACAUGGGUCACGGCGGUGGCCGCAUGGGCGGCAGCGGGGCUGUCCCGUUCCGUGCCGGCGACUGGAAGUGCGGCAACGAGGUCUGCGGAUACCACAACUUUGCCAAGAACGUCUGCUGCCUCCGCUGCGGAGCCAGCCGGGCCGGCGCUGCCGUCAUCGCCGACUCGGGCUAUCCCGGCCCCGGCGGACCCGGUCCCACGAUGGACAGUGCGUCUCCGUACGGCAUGAGCCAGGGGUCCAUGGCCGGCACUCCCGGUCCUGGACCCGGCCCGGGCCCUGCUCCGGGCCCCUUUGGCUCCGGCGGCUCCUUUGCUGCGGGCGCCGGGGGCUACAACCAGCACUUUGGCGGUCCUCCCAGCCACUUCCUGCCCUCCGGUCUCGGCGGGGGCGCUGGUGCUUACCCCAGCUCCCUGAACACGCAGGGCUUCAGCUCGGGCCCCGGAUCGCACUCGGCAGGUCCCUUUGACAGCCGAGCUGCCGAGGCAGCCUUCCAGUCGGCCACCAACGGCCCGGCGUCGGCGGGUCCAUCCAACAACUUCUACAACAGCAACCCCGCUGCCAACAACGGCGGCGGCGAGAGCGAUCCCUUCGCCUUCCUCUCCAGCGGGAUGGGCGGCCUCUCGGUUGGCGGCAACGAUGCCCGCCAGAACGGUGGCGGCCCCCCCAGCAAGUCGCCCGCCUAA